CCGCACCGAGCGAAGAGAGCAGCUCAGAGAAAUGUUUGUCUCGGUCUUUGUUCAAAUGUAAUUAAAGAGGCCAGUUAACAACGACACAGAGGAGCAGUUUAAGAUCGGCACAGUGCUGCAGAAGAAGAAGAUCGAGUCUGUUGAAGAAGUCCCAGAAAUGGAUGUCACGGUCUUCAUUAAACAUUCAUGUUGGUGGAUCACAACUAUCGAACAAGUGAGAAUGAGUACGAAUGAGUUUGAGAGCAUCACAGUGCUGCAGCUGAAGGAGAAGUUGGAGCCUCUAACAGGAGAACCAGUAGGAGAACAGCGACUGGUCUUCGCAGGCAAACAGCUGGAGGACGAUGCUCGGCUGGUUUCAUGUGGAAUCCAACACAAGACAACCAUUGAGUUAAUUCUAAAUGUCAGGGUCAUCGUGAAAGGUUUGACUGGGAAGACCAUAAAGAUCGACCUGCCCGACAAUGAGUUUAAGAGCAUCACAGUGCUGCAGCUGAAGGCGAAGUUGGAGCCUCUAACAGGAGAACCAGUAGGAGAACAGCGACUGGUCUUCUCAGGCACACAGCUGAAGGACGAUCGUCUGCUGGUUUCAUAUAGAAUCCAUCGUGGGGCGCCCGUUCACUUAAUUCUAAAAAAUGAUGUCACGGUCUUCGUUAAAUGUAGUGGUUUGGAGACCAUAGCGAUCCACCUGUGUGACAAUAAGUUUCAGAGCGUCACAGUGCUGCAGCUGAAGGAGAAGUUGGAGCCUCUCUUUGGAGUCCCAGUAGAAGAACAGCGACUGAUCUUCUCAGGCAAACAGCUGGAGGACGAUGCUCUGCUGGUUUCAUGUGGAAUCCAACACAAGACAACCAUUGAGUUAAUUCUAAAUGUCACUGUCAUCGUGAAAGAUUUGACUGGGGAGACCAUAAAGAUCGACCUACAUGAGUUUCAGAGCAUCACAGUGCUGCAGCUGAAGGAGAAGUUGGAGCCUCUAACAGGAGAACCAGUAGGAGAACAGCGACUGGUCUUCGCAGGCAAACAGCUGGAGGACGAUGCUCUGCUGGUUUCAUGUGGAAUCCAACACAAGACAACCAUUGAGUUAAUUCUAAAAAAUGAUGUCACGGUCUUUGUUAAAUGGCAUAAUGGGGAGACCAUAUUGAUCUACCUGUCCAACAAUGAGUUUGAGAGCGUCACAGUGCUGCAGCUGAAGGAGAAGAUACAGAAACUCAAAGGAUUCCCAGGUAACAUCAUGUUCAUGAUUAAAAUGACCAGUAGAAGCGUGCAGAGUUUAGUCUAAUGCUAAAAUGAUGGACUACAGAUCAGAUUAGGUUCAUACUUGUAUUCUUGGUUGCUACUUGAACAUGUUGUGAAUAUAUAUCUGUAUUCACUCUCAACAUUUAGCUGUGUCUCCUUAAGGCCUCCUCUCAAACAGGCAGUCUGCUCUGAUUGGUCAGUGUUUGUGUCACUUCAGCUGAAUGAGCGUUAAGGCCCAGUGACAGCACUUUCUGCCUCUACUUCACUAUAUUUAUAACAUCACAACUUAAGAGAAGAACUUCAAUCUGUGUGAGUGGAUGAGUUUAAUGAUCAGAUGGUUGAUACUAUGGACCAUGGAGUGUGACUGCAGCUCUAAAAGGAUCAACUAACAUUAC